AUGGCGCUGGCCGUGGCGCUCGCCGUGCUGGCUUCCAUGGCCGCCGUGCCUCGGGGCCGCAGAGACGCCGCGGCCACCGUGGUGCGGACCAUCUUCGUCAAUCGGAACGGGAGCGCCGACUUCGAGUCCGUCCAGCACGCCGUCGACUCUGUCCCGUUCGGCAACGACCAGUGGAUCCGAGUUCACGUCGCCGCUGGCGUCUACAACGAGAAGGUGACCAUACCUCAGAACAAGAGCUUCAUCCUGCUGGAAGGCGAGGGGAGGCAGCAGACGUCGAUCGAGUGGGCGGACCACGCCGGCGGGGACUCGAGCACCGCCGCCUCGCCGACGUUCGCCGCGUACUCCGCCGACUUCAUGGCCCGCGACAUCACCUUCAAGAACUUGUACGGCGGGGACGGCGGGUUGUCGCCGGCGGUGGCGGCGCUGGUGUCCGGCGACCGGUCGUCGUUCUACCGGUGCGGCUUCGUGGGCGUCCAGGACACGCUGGGCGACAUGGGCGGGCGGCACUACUACGAGGGCUGCUACAUAUUGGGCGCCAUGGACUUCAUCUUCGGCGACGGCCAGUCCAUCUUCCAGGGCUGCGACAUCCGGACGGCCCCGACGCCGGUGUCGCCCGGGUUCAUCACGGCGCAGGGCCGGCAGAGCGAGGCGGACACGAGCGGCUUCGUGUUCAGGGGCUGCACCGUGCGGGGCGACACGCCGGCGUACCUGGGCCGCGCCUGGCGGCGCUACGCCAGGGUCAUCUUCUACCGGACCGACAUGUCCGGCGUCGUCGUCGGCCAGGGAUGGGACGCCUGGAGCUACAAGGGCAUGGAGGACACGCUGACGAUGGUGGAGGCAGGGUGCACGGGGCAGGGGUCCAACCGGACGGAGCGGGCGCCGUGGACCAAGGCGUUGAGCGACGGCGAGCUCGCAAAGUUCGUCGACCUCUCCUACAUCUCCGGCGACGGCUGGCUCGACGCGCAGCCACGGUAGUCAGUCAGCCAGCAAUAACGAUGACAAAUUUACUGGUCGGGUUGUGUC